GACGUCCACAAGCAGGGAGGCUCAAAUUUGACACUCGUUCUGUUUUCUUGAGGUGCACGUCUGACGUGGAAAUUGCAGCGAAAAUCCGAGUGAAUUUUGCGUUUUAUCCGGCCCAUCGGUCGCGAAUUAUGCUGUAAAAGUUGUGCCGCGCCGUGAACGACAUUUUAGUGAUUCCAAACUAGCGUACGCGAAGCAGCAGCAGAUUAAAAGCAUCAUCACUUGCGUUGCUGAUAAUGAAUCCCCCGAUGAGUGCGUACGGGCAGCCGCCCCAAGGGUGGCCACAGCAAGGCGUAGGACAAGCGGCGGCAGCAGCGCCACCACCUUUGCCGCCCGUCAAUGGGGCUCCGCAAAACCUUCCAAACCAAUUCCAGAACAUGUCUCUCGGUGGCCCUCCACUCAAGCACGAGCAGGCCCCUUUCCCGAACCAGCCGAUGGUCGGGCGCCCACCUUCCGGCGCGCCACCUGUCGCUCCUGGGGGCGGCAUUCCCGGUGGUUUUCCACAGCAGCAGCAGCAGCCGGGCCAACCACCGCUGCAAAAUGGUCCUCCGCCUGUCGGCCAGCCUCCGGGAAUGGCGGCCAGACCACCCGUCGCUCCGAACUACGGCCUUCCCAACGGUCAUCAGCAAAGCAUGCAGCCUAACCAACCCGGAAUGCCACCCAAUCCGAUGGUCCCGGGUCAACCUCCCAUGCAGUAUGCUCCACCGCAGCCCAUGGGCGGACCUCCCAGACCGGGUCAACCGAUGCCGGCCAUGGGCCAGCAACCCAACUAUCCUCCUCAGCCGUAUCAACAGCAGCAGCAGCCGCCCCAACAAUUCGCUCCGCCACCACUUCAAGCUCAACCGCAAUUUCCACCGCAGCAACAGCAGCAGCAGCAGCCGUAUCCCGGUCAACCGGGAAUGCCACCGAUGCCGGCACCUCCCGGCCAAUACCCACCCGGAAUGCAGCAACCUCCGAUGAGUGGCCCUGGCAUGCCGCCGAUGCCGAACGCCGCUCCCGGUGGCUAUCCGAUGCAGCCCGGCCAGAUGCCACCGCAGAUGCAGCAGGGUGGAGGCGCUCCGCCGCACAUGUUGCCACCCCACGGUCGCGGUUAUAAUCAACAACCUGGUCCGCAAGGAUACGGUCAGAUGCCGGGACAGCAGGGUCCGCAUUAUCCGCCUGCGCCGGCACCGCCGGCCCAGAAUCGACUGGAUCCGGACAGCAUGCCCAAUCCGAUUCAGGUGAUGAGCGAGAAUCAGCGCUCGUGCGGAGGAGAGUUUGCGACGAACGCGGCCGGACUGGUGCCGCCGUUGGCCACGACCAAGUUCAUCACCCAGGACCAGGGUAACUCUGGGCCGCGUUACAUGCGUUCGUCGAUGUACAACCUCCCGAUCAACACGGACAUGAUGAAGCAGAGUGCGGUUCCGUUCGCGUUGAUCGUUUCGCCGUUUGCUCGUGCCGCCGAGAAGGAGCUGGCCCCGCCGAUCGUCAACUUUGGCGAGCUGGGACCGAUUCGGUGCAUCCGCUGCAAGGCCUACAUGUGUCCGUUUAUGCAGUUCAUCGACGGUGGACGUCGCUUCCAGUGUUUGCUGUGCAAGGCCACAACGGAAGUUCCGGCAGAGUACUUCCAGCAUCUGGAUCACACCGGCCAGCGAAUGGACAAGUACGAGCGCCCGGAGCUGGUGCUGGGAACGUACGAGUUUGUGGCCACCAAGGACUACUGCCGGAACAACACUCCGCCGAAGCCACCGGCGAUGGUGUUCGUGAUUGACGUGUCGUACAACAACGUCAAGUCCGGGCUGGUUCAUUUGCUGUGCGCGGAGAUCAAGAAUAUUAUUAGCCACCUGCCCGUGGACGAGGGCCAGGAGCGCACCUCGAUGAAGGUCGGCUUCAUCACCUACAACAGCUCCGUUCACUUUUACAACUGCAAGAGCAGCCUCGCUCAGCCCCAGAUGAUGGUCGUCGGCGAUGUCCAGGAAAUGUUCAUGCCCCUGCUGGACGGCUUCCUCGUCGAUCCGGAAGAGUCCAGCGUCGUGAUCGACGCGCUGAUGCAGCAAAUCCCGAAGAUGUUUGGCGACACGCGCGAAACCGAAACCAUCCUGCUGCCGGCGCUGCAGGCCGGCCUGGAGGCGCUCAAGGCGUCGGACUGCGCCGGCAAGCUGUACGUGUUCCACUCGUCGCUGCCGACGGCCGAAGCGCCCGGCAAGCUGAAGGCCCGCGACGACCGCAAGCUGCUCGGUACGGACAAGGAGAAGACGGUGCUGACGCCGCAGUCGACGGUGUACAACAUGCUCGGCCAGGAGUGCGUCGGUGCGGGCGUUUCCGUGGAUCUGUUUAUCAUGAACAACUCGUACAUCGAUCUGGCGACCAUCGGGCAGGUGUCCCGGUUGACCGGAGGUGAAAUCUACAAGUACACCUACUUCCAGGCCGAUAUUGACGGGCAGCGGCUGGUGAACGACCUGAUCAAGAACAUCUCGCGGCCGAUCGCGUUCGACACGGUGAUGCGCGUGCGCACGUCCACCGGCAUCCGGCCGACCGACUUCUUCGGGCACUUCUUCAUGUCCAACACGACAGACAUGGAGAUUGCCAGCGUUGAUUGUGACAAGUCGGUGGCGAUCGAGAUCAAGCACGACGACAAGCUGACCGACGAGAACGUGUUCAUCCAGGUGGCGCUGCUGUUCACUUCCUGCUCGGGCCAGCGCCGGCUGCGCGUGCUCAACCUCAGCCUGAAGACGUGCAACCAGCUGGCGGAUUUGUUCCGCAGUUGCGACCUGGACACGACUAUUCUGUUCUUCGCCAAGCAGGGCCUGUUUAAGCUGCUGGAGAACAAUCCGAAGGCGAUCAAGGACAGCCUGAUCACGAGGGCGGCCCAGAUUCUGGCCUGCUACCGGAAGAACUGCGCAUCGCCCACGUCCGCCGGCCAGCUGAUCCUGCCGGAGUGCAUGAAGCUGCUGCCGCUGUACAUUUCGUGUCUGCUGAAGAACGACGCCUUCUCGGGGGGUUCGGACCUUACGCUGGACGACCGAUCGUACGUGAUCUACUUUGUGCAGAGCAUGGAUCUGCUGACGUCGGUGCGGUACUUUUACCCGCGGUUGAUGGCGGUGCACGACGUCAACGUGGACGACUCGAAUGUGCCGGCGGCCAUCCGGUGCACGGCGGACAAGAUGAUGGAGGAUGGUGCUUACAUUUUGGAAAACGGUAUUCACAUGUUCAUGUGGCUCGGCCUGGGCCUGUCGCCCGAGUUUACGCAGUCGGUCUUUGGCGCGCAGUGCACCCAGCAGAUCGACACCGACCGUACGGGUUUGCCAGUAUUCGAUAAUCCGCUGUCGAAGCGCGUUCGCGGCAUCGUUGACAGCAUACAGAACGAGAAGCACCGGUGCAUGAGGCUCACCCUGGUCAAGCAGCGGGACAAGCUGGAGAGCGUGCUGCGUCACUUCCUGGUCGAGGAUCGCGGCAUGAGCGACGGUUCCGCCAGCUACGUGGACUUUCUGUGUCACAUGCACAAAGAAAUCCGAACCAACAACAACAACCGAAUCAACUCAAAUAACGCAGCGUCAACGAUCAACAGCAACAACAACAACAACAACGUUGCCAAUUGCCAGCGGUACGUACAGCCCUGCCAUCAUUACGCCGCUCCGCAACCGCCUCCACCCUGUGAUGAUGGGGAGGACGACGACGACGACGGAAACGACACGAUCGAGGAGGAAAACGAAGAUGAUGGCGAGGACGAGGAAACGGUGACGACGGAGGAAGUGUACCAGCAGCACUGUGGCGGCGGCGGUCGGAGCAUCUCGCAGAAUCGGACCCGGGCGCUGCGGUACCGGAAAGCAUUCAUGGGAAAGUGGUAAUAGUUUUAAACACUGUUUCUUAUUAUACAUUUAUUAUUUUUUACUACUUUACGAUUAUUUUUCCACUUUAGAAGUAUAUAUAUUUAAAUGAAAAAGAAAACCAACCAACCCCCAACCAAUCUGUACUAGCGGUGUGUUUUGACUAGAUGUUUAUAUUGAACGUGAAAUGAAUCAAUUAUCUAAAAACACUGAACACAUUUACAUAGAAAGAGAAGAGAGAGAAACACUUAAUGCAUUGCGAUGAUCAACAGUUUAAACAGUUUGGAUGGAAGGUAAAAUUUAAAAUUUUAUCUCCCACCACCAGUCCCAAACUUAGACGGUAUUGGAACACAUUUAGUAGUGGUGUUAGGGGUCGAUUCGCGAUGAGACAUGAGGAAAUUGAGUAUAAAAAAACCUACACGAAGCAUUACUACGUGAGACAAAAAAGAAACAGAGACACAGUUGAAUAAUAUAUUUGCGUAAAAGAUAUACCCUCAAUCGGAUUAAAAAACAACACAAAUAGCAAAAAUAUACGAAAUUAUUAUUACUAUUGUAAAAUGUGAA